AUGGAUUCUGAGUAUCUUAAUGAACCCCUUUUGAAUGAUGACUUAAUUAAUUCGAUGAUUGAUUUCCCUUUAAAAGACCAAUUUAAUUAUUUGAGAAAACUGAAUUCUUAUUCUACUGCUUAUGACAGAUUAUAUAAAUCUACCAACAGAAAGAUGAUUAACCUUUCUACAGCAUGCAUGCAGGAACAUUUCUCAUUUUUGGUUGAAAAUGACGAAAGAGGAGAAGAGCAUAUGACUAAACCGUACCAAUUGGAGUGUUGUGUAGAAGAAAAAAAUUUGGAAAAGCUUGUACCUGAUGAAGAGCACAUCUUGGAUUCAACCCUUGCACCAAAUGGAGGCUCACCAAUUGAGGGCUCACUAACUGGAGUCGUAUCAAAUGGAAAGGUAUCACAAGGAAAUACUGAAGAAGUAAAUCUCAUAGAACGGAACAUAGAAGGAGUGGAUUCAAAAGAGCGUGGUUACUCAUUGGGUAGCGAAGAAAGAUGGGGUGAAAAAGCUAUUUGUAGAACCCCUUUUUUGAAGGAAGAAAAAUGGGAUCAAGGACAACCCCCAAUUGAGGUAGGGAAAAGAGAAGGUGAAGAGGUAGAUAUGAAGCAAGUAAUGAAUGACAUUCUCUUUCUAUGUUUCCAUAAAAAUGGGUGCGAAUAUGUUAUAAAGAAACUAAAAGUAAAUGAAGACACAGAAGAAAAGAGAAUAAUAUUAGAUUCACUCCUACUAGAUGCAAGAUCAUUAUGUCCAGAUGUGUAUGGAAGUUAUGUAGCACAGAGCGUGUUCGAUUUAAAGGAUGAAAAUUACAAGAAAAGAUUUACGGAUGAAUUUCUGAGACAUACAAGUUUUUUAACAUUGCACACAUAUGGAUGUAGACUAAUUCAGAAAUCGUUAGAAUCCUUAUGUGAUGAAUAUAAAUGCAAAAUUUUUAAAGAAUUACAAAAUGAUUUAAUUACAUACAUCUGCCAUCAAAAUGGAAAUCAUGUAAUACAAAAGUGUAUUGAAGUCUUACCAUCUAGGAAUAUAGAUACUAUUAUAACCAUCAUUGAAGAAUAUUUACCUUUUUUAAGUUCCCAUUCAUAUGGAUGUCGAAUCGUUCAACGCAUUUAUGAAGUUGGAAAUGCUCACCAAAUUAAAAGAUUAAAUGAAAAAAUAAUUAAAAAAAUUCACUUGAUAAAAAACAGAUAUGGAAAUUACGUCAUCCAAAAAUGUUUCGAAUAUUCUGACGAUACAAUCAGAUUCAUCAUUACUGAUGAAAUUGUGAGCGACAUUUACAAAUUGUCGUCUCACAAGUAUGCAUGCAACAUAAUAGAGAAAAUUUUACUAAAAAAGGAAUACAAGUAUAAGAAGAAAAUUAUCAAGAAAAUUGUGAAUGACAUUUCGAACGGGAAUGAUAACAUCAUAAAUAUUUGCAAAGACUGUUACGGAAAUUUCAUGAUGCAGAAACUUUUGACCACGUGUAGACAAAAAGAAAGAAAUUUAAUUGUUAAGAUGAUUGUUGAAAAUGUUGACAAGUUGAAAGAAGAAACGUAUGGUAAAUACAUUUUGAGAACUAUAAGCAACUUAGAAGCAUAA